AUGCACACCAGUUUGCUGUUGUUGGCGUGCGCGGCGUGCGCUGUAGCGGCGGCGGAUCCGCAGAGCGAAGAGCUGCUCGAGCUCGCCGCACGCGUGCACGGCGACGGCAACCUCGGCGGCGCCAAUCUUCCGACGGUCGUGCUGGUGGGGCACCAGAACGCCGGCAAGUCGUCGCUGCUCGAGGCGCUGCUCGGGAUCAAGCUGACGCACGUGGGCAACGAGGGCCUGACGCGGCGGCCGCUCCAGAUCACCGCGCAGCGCGACGACUCGGCCGCCGAGCCCGCCCUCUUCCUCACGC